AUGGCUCCCUUCGUCCGCCGCCAGCGGAAGCACAAGGUGCGUGCUCGCGAGGAAAAGGGACAGGCCGCCACGCAACAGACCAACCAAGAAGUAAUUGUUCCUCUAAGCAAAACCGAGAGAGAGGAGAAGAAACGAAAACUCCAGGAAGAAUUACGAGCGCAACAGCCGAAGAUCUCAAGCAAGAAACAAAAGCGGUUGGACAAGUAUAUCGAAAAUAAGUUGAAGAAAGAUGAGACACUGGAACUUCUGCGGAAACUAGAGAAAGAGAAGGAGAAUUUCGACGCUACCGCUGCAUUGCAAAGUUCGAGGAACUUGGGGAAACGGACAUUUGGUGACUUUGUGAACGGGGGUGGACCAGGCGGUGCACCGGGCAAGAAGACGCGGAAUGAGCAAGACUCAGAUGUCGAGAGCGAGGACUCCUUUGAAGUAGAAAACCGGAGAGCCUUCGACCCAGACAAAGAGAAGUCAGUGGAGGUCAAGCCGGCAUCAACGCCUGUGGUGCAAGGAAGCGGUCUAGCGCAGCCAUUGGCCCUCGACGAGAACGGUUUUCCCAUGAUACAAUCCCGUAAGGGCAAGAAGAGGAAGAAAACCAAGGUUGACCUUCAAGACCCAGUGGAAUUACCCUGGGAGGGAUUUGAUUCCGAACCAAGCGACGUUGGGAACUCGACAGAAGAAGAGGACAAGGACGAAUACGCAGAAAAUACUGAAGAGGACCAGUCAGGCUCUGAUAUCUCCGGCUUUGACAUGUCAGAAGACGAGUCCGAUGCCGACAGUGGCGAGGAAUCUGGGACCAGCAUGUCCGAAGCCUCUGCCAGAGAAAAAAUUGAGCCCCGUAAAUCAGCUUUCAAGGCCUGGGCAACGCAGCAAUUGAAUCAGGCUGUCGGGCAUGUGCCAUCAUAUACAACUGGCGAGGGACAACUACUGCCAAAACCAACCCCUUGGGCUGCGGAACCCAAACCUGUGCCUAUCACCCAAGCUACACCUCCAGAAAAUCAGACCGGAUCUGUUCCCAACCGCAAGGCAUACGCAGUUCACAUCGAUCGACCGGAAGAAAUCCAACAGUCCAGGUCUGCACUCCCAAUCCUGCAACGCGAGCAGGAGAUUAUGGAAGCAGUCCACAAUAACGCCGUGGUGAUCAUAAAGGGUGACACCGGCAGUGGCAAGACCACGCAAUUGCCCCAGUUUCUCUUCGAGGCUGGCUACGGGUCUCCAGAAGGGCCGACACCAGGUCUGAUUGGCAUAACGCAGCCUCGUCGCGUGGCCGCUGUGAGCAUGGCGAAACGGGUUGCAACUGAGCUAGGACAGUAUGGUGACAGAGUUGCCUACCAGAUCAGAUUCGACAGCACCGUGUCGUCUUCCACGGCUGUGAAAUUCAUGACCGACGGAAUUCUGCUACGAGAACUGUCCCAGGACCUGUUGUUGAGAAAAUACUCCGUGAUAGUCAUCGACGAGGCACACGAGAGGAGCGUCAACACCGACAUCUUGAUCGGAAUGCUCAGCAAGAUUGUGCCGGCGCGGAUGCAGAAGAGCCAGUUUAACCCAAAUCCCACGCCUCUCAAACUGAUCAUCAUGUCCGCAACCCUAAACAUAGGAGAUUUUCUCCACGAGAAGCUCUUUGCCUCGUCCUUGAGGCCGCCCAUUGUUGAGGCUGAAGGGCGCCAGCACCGGGUGACAACACAUUUUGCUUUGAGAUCCAGAGCAGAUUACGUGGAAGAAGUCGUUGAAAAGGUCAAACGAGCGCAUCGGAAGCUGCCCAGAGGUGGUAUUCUGGUUUUCCUGACUGGUCAGAAUGAAAUUCGACAGGUCGGUGCUCGCCUCAGAGAGCUGCUCGCUCCGCGUAGCGGCGCAGACCUCAAACCCGCCACGCCUCGAGUACAAAUCGCGGCAAAUGAAGCACCUUUGGAAGCUGAGGACUGGGAAGUGGGACCGACAAAUUCAAUGGACGGACAUGACGACCUUGACGUCGAGAUCUUGACUCACUCCGAGGAUGAGGCCGAAGAGGCCGAGUUCGACAUUUCCGACGAUGAACAUGAACAGGGGCCGCUAUCGUUCGCCGCAUCUUCAACCCUAGAAUUUUCAUCGAAAGAACCGUAUACGUCUGUCCACAUCCUCCCGUUGUAUUCUCAGUUACCUACGAGUGAACAACUCAAAGUCUUCGAGCCCCCACCGCCGAAUUCCCGGCUGAUUAUCCUUGCCACUAACGUCGCCGAGACAAGUCUAACGAUCCCCGGAAUCCGUUACGUCUUCGACACUGGCCGCAGCAAGGAGCGCAGGUACAACCUCGACACAGGCGUGCAGUGCUUUGAGAUCGACUAUAUCAGCAAAGCGAGUGCCCAGCAGCGAGCCGGGCGCGCCGGGCGCACAGGACCGGGUCACUGCUGGCGGCUCUACACGUCCGCCGUCUAUGAGCAAUUCUUCCCCGAUCAUGUGGAGCCGGAGAUUCUCCGAGCGCCUGCUGAGAGCGUCGUGUUGCAGUUGAAAGGAUUUGCUUACCCUCGACCGGUCGCCGACUUUCCGUUCCCGACGCCGCCUGCCGCCGUGGCCUUGAACAAGGCUGAACGGUUGCUGAAGAAUCUCGGAGCAUUAACCAGCUCAGGAAGCAUCACGGAUCUAGGCAACCAACUUGCAGUCUACCCGCUUUCCCCACGCCUCGGCAAGAUCCUGGCCGCCGGCACCAAAGACCCCGGGCUGCUGUGGCAAGUACUGGCUCUGGUCUCGGGACUGGCGGUUUCGGAGCUCUUCGUCACUGAAGCGCAACUUGGCCUGACACCCGCAACUGCAGACGAAGGCCAAGUAUACACGCGGGAGCAGCAACGCGAAGACGACGAGCGGGAUCGGCUUCGACAGGAGUUCGGCCGCGCACGCGCGACGCUCAGCCGCGCCGACAAGACAUCUGACGCCAUGAAGCUGCUCACCGCCGUCACCAUGUACCUCAAUGCCAGCAACAAGGAGCAGUUCUGCCGCGAGUUCUUCCUGCGCUCCAAGGCCAUGGCAGAGGUAGCGCAGCUACGUGCCCAGCUUGAAGGGCUCGUGCGCGCCAACCAUCGCGCCACCCCUAACAUCUCGACCGAGGCGCUGUCCAAAUCUCGCGCCGCAAAGCUGUCGGCCACCCGAGUCAAAGAACUCAACUCCAUCGCCGCCAGCGGGUAUAUCGACCAAGUCGCCGUCCGCUACGACCGGGCCCCGACUCCGCCCGAUGUUCCCAACAGACCGCGCCGGGCCAUCGACGUCCCUUACCUCCCUUUGGUGCCGUUGCACGAUAGACCCGAUGCCCCGAUCGCCCAGAAGGCCGUCUAUCUCCACCCGUCGUCCGUCCUGGCUCGCCUCUCGGUCAAGGAUUUGCCCGAGUAUAUCGUCUACAGCCACCUGCAGCGCUCGCAGGCCCAUACUGGCCCUGCUGUUAGAGUUCCAAAGACACGCAUGUUUCCCCUGACCCCCCUGGAUGGCAUACAGCUCGCACACCUUGCCCGCGACACCGCCUUGAUUGAGUACGGUAAACCCGUGCCCAAGAGCAAGGUCGAGGAGAUCCCCGGCACGCCGAAGCGUAGGGAGUGCUGGGUGCUUGCUGAGCUCAGAGGAUCGAGAGGAGGAAUGCUAGGCUGGCCGCUCCCGCCGGUCAAGGUUCGACAGGUGCUUGAUGCGAAGAGUAAGACUGGGUGGAGGCUGGAAGAAGUGUUGAGUUAG